GGCGGCUCCUAGAGCAGAAGCUAACCCCGCCUUGCGUUCCCAUUGGCUGCUCCCUUACCCCGGCCUAGAGUCGCUCCUCACCAUCUGUUGGUUGCCCUGGCUGAAACGCCGGUGCUGGCCGCACUCGCGGGACCGGUGGCAGUUCAAGGCGUCAGAGCCCUAAAAGCAAGCGUUGAUCGCGGACAUGACGCCUGAGGACCAAGAGGAGACCCAGCCGCUCCUACGGCCGCCCGGCGGCAGCGCUCCCCGCGGCCGCCGCGUCUUCCUCGCUGCCUUCGCCGCUGCCCUGGGACCGCUCAGCUUCGGUUUCGCCCUCGGCUACAGCUCCCCGGCCAUCCCGAGCCUGAGGCGCGCCGCGCCCCCGGCCCCGCACCUCGACGAAGACGCAGCCUCCUGGUUCGGGGCCAUCGUGACCCUGGGCGCCGCGGCCGGGGGCGUGCUGGGCGGCUGGCUCCUGGACCGCGCGGGGCGCAAGCUGAGCCUAGUCCUCUGUGCCUUGCCCUUCGUGGCCGGCUUCGCCGUCAUCACCGCGGCUCAGAACCUGUGGAUGCUGCUCGGAGGCCGCCUGCUCACCGGCCUGGCCUGCGGCAUUGCCUCGCUCGUGGCCCCGGUCUAUAUCUCUGAAAUUGCCUACCCUGAGGUGCGAGGGCUGCUCGGCUCCUGUGUGCAGCUGAUGGUGGUCACAGGCAUCCUCCUAGCCUACCUGGCAGGCUGGGUGCUCGAGUGGCGCUGGCUGGCCGUGCUGGGCUGUGUGCCCCCCUCCUUCAUGCUGCUGCUCAUGUGUUUCAUGCCUGAGACCCCUCGCUUCCUGCUGUCUCAGCACAAGCACCAGGAGGCCAUGGCCGCCAUGCAGUUCCUGUGGGGCUAUGCCCAGGGUUGGGAGGAGCCUCCCCUUGGGGCUCAGCACCAGGGCUUCCACGUGGCCCAGCUGCGGCGUCCUGGUGUCUACAAGCCCUUCAUCAUUGGCAUCUCCCUGAUGGCCUUCCAGCAGCUGUCGGGUGUCAAUGCCGUCAUGUUCUAUGCGGAGACCAUCUUUGAAAAGGCUAAGUUCAAGGACAGCAGCCUGGCCUCAGUCGUUGUGGGCGUCAUCCAGGUGCUGUUCACUGCCACGGCGGCCCUGAUCAUGGACAGAGCUGGGCGAAGGCUGCUCUUGACCUUGUCAGGUGUGGUCAUGGUGUUCAGCACCAGCGCCUUUGGCGCCUACUUCAAGCUGACCGAGGGCGGCCCCAGCAACUCCUCCCACGUGGACCUCCCGGCGCUCGUCUCCAUGGAGCCCGCCGAUACCAACAUGGGGCUGGCCUGGCUGGCGGUGGGCAGCAUGUGCCUCUUCAUCGCCGGCUUCGCUGUGGGCUGGGGGCCCAUCCCGUGGCUCCUCAUGUCUGAGAUCUUCCCUCUGCACGUCAAGGGCGUGGCCACCGGCGUCUGCGUCCUCACCAACUGGUUCAUGGCCUUUCUGGUGACCAAAGAGUUCAGCAGUCUCAUGAACCACCUUCUCCAGACCCUGCCCUUCCCCAAGAGGAAGACACAGAGGAGGAAGGAAUGGCAGCUGGUCUCCUCACAGCAGGGCACCAAGACUUCCAGUUUCCCAACCUGGUAUGAACUCCCAGUUGGAACAAAGGGAAGGUUCAUGGAUGCUCGAGAGAGACGGCCUAAGGAACGCCUGUCCAGAUGAGGAAAAUAAAGCUGAGAGAGGCUGACUCGCUGGUUCAGAGCCUCCCAGCUAGAAAGUGGCCAGGCUGGGUUUGAAGCAACACCAAUCAGACUCCAAAGGCCUCUGUUCCAUACCAUCGCCUCAGUCUCCCCAAGCUGGGAGGUAUUGCUGGCCCCCAGGAAAUGAGAGUCAUCUUCGCUGGCCCAGCACAUCCCCUGCUUCAGGUUCACCUCGCUGAGGAUCUCGGGUGCCCACCUUUACCCAUCCUUGCUAUGACACCUGCUGCUGCUCCCCUGUCUGACUGACUGUUGAAUUCUGCACCCCAUCUUCACAGCCAUGCUGGGAUUUUCUAAAGAGCUGACACUAAGAAACUCAGGAAAAACAAAAGCACAGGAAACCAUAGUUUCUAUGUAUGUUUAUGUCUUACUGCUCAUCUAAGGCUGCUCACUCCACCCUCACCUUCAUAUUUCAGCCCUUGCAGGUAAAUGACCUCUGGCAGGGCCUGUGGUCAGGCCCAGCUAUGGCAGGGCAGCUACUUUUGAUAUUUUGAAACUUAAAGCAUCAGAGGUACAAAUGAACUUAACAGCUUUAAGGUGACAAAAUUUAAAAUUUUUCUAAAAAUUCGGCCUAUUGCUUUUAUAUCUGAUUAUGGUUGCUAUAAGUCAAUGAAAACAAAACAAAGCCUUUGGCUUAUUUUCCACAGGGUUUAUCUGCACUCUCUUCUUCCCAUUUUAGCCUCUCUCUAAGCAGCCUGUCACACCUCAGUCCUUGUUGUAACUGCAGGCACCAUUCACACUUGCUGAAAUACUUCCCUUCACAGGGAGCCUGGAUCCCCUGCUGCUUCCUUCCCCCUCACCACACGCCUUCCCAGCUCACCAUCCUUGUUAGGCAGGACCUUUUCCCCUGAGUCCCGAGACCCUGUAUAGAACUUCAGAGAUGAAAUGCAGGAUUUUAUGGCAGUAACUGCAUUUUCCUGGGAAAAGGCUUCUUCAGUCUCAGAGGGGUUCUGAAGAAACCCUCAGAAAAGGUUACUGAAGAAGAUUCAGAUCGCCAAGUUACGAGAAACAAAAGUUGGGAAAAGGUGUUACCAUGAAAAAUCUGUGCCUUAAGGUAUUAGUGUAGAGUAUUAGUGUGGAAGCAACUUUGGAUAUGGACCCAUGAAAGAUACACCAGGAGCUGGCUUGCUGCAUAUCAAGUACAUGGACUCAGAGUAAAUCACUAAAUUGUGGUCAUCUGUUUCUAUAUCUCAAAAAUGUAGAUAACAAAACCUGUCUUACUUAACAACACUAAUACAUAUGAAAAAGCUAUUGACGAUGUAGGACUGUAUAAAUUCUGUGAUAAGUGAAGUGAUCGGAGGAGUUUUAAAUCCGACUGUUAGAGUAACUAAAACACUGCCCCUGGGGGCGUUCUACCUCUGCUCUGAGGCCCCACAGAGCACCUGGGCAUUGCUGAGCCUCAUGGGCGGGUUCAGGGUUCCCUGUUAUUCCAUCCCGCCCUUCCACAGUAACAGACAGACCCAAGGCUUGGAUGUGCCUUUGCCUCACUCCUUGGUCCAUGCCUGGGGUUGUUUUAUUAAUAGCAAUUGGAGGUGUAACAGAGGAGAAGAUUGAGUCCCUGCUUAUAUACUAGCGAGGAACAUAAAUAAAGUGAGUAAACAAAAUAACUGUUAGAAUAUUGAAGAGUAGUGAGUACUGUAAGAAUGGGAAUACCAGUGAAGGCUAUUCUAGAUUAGAUGAAUAGGAAAGACCACUUUGAGGAGGUGACAUUGGAGCUGAGAUCUGAAGGAAGACAAUGAGCCAGCUGUUUGAGUGUCUGGAUAAGGAACAUCCUGGGCCACACCGUGUGUUGAAGCUUUGAGUGGAAAUGAGUUUUAACUUGUGUUAGGAUCAGAAGACCCUAGGACUCAGUAAACAAAAGAGAGUGCUGGGCAGAGCAGCAGAUCAUAUAAGACUCAGAGGCCAUGGAAGACGUUCAGGUUUUAUCCGAGGAGGAAGACAGGAAGCCACUGAAGGUGUUGAGCACAAAAAGGAUAAUGUUUGAUUUGUGUUUGAGAAGAUAACCUGUGGAGACUAGGCUUUGAGGGUUAAAGACCAGAAGCAGGGAGAUCAGUUAGGACAUAACAAUAAGAGGAUGGUGGUGGGUCAGGACAAAGAUUCAGGGCAUACUUGGUGUUAUAGCCAACAGGACUCACUAGGGAUUGGAUAUGAGAGACAAGGCAUUAACGGUGACCCUGGUCUGAGCAGUUGGGUGAAUGGAAAGGCUGACUAAGUCACUGACUAGAAAGGGAAAAUCACCACUUCUAUCUUUGGGUAUAUUCGGUUUGAGAUAUUAUUAGACUGUCUUACACAGGAGCCGGCACUCAGGGAAGAGGUGAGCUGAGGCAAGACAGUUCAUGACCAUCACAUGGUCUUUUUUAUUUGGUCUCUGUGGCCGGGCAUGCCGUAUCUUAGUUCCCCAACCACGGAUCGAACCUGUGCCCCCUGCAAUGGAAACACAAGAGUUCUAACCUGUUAGUCCUAACCUAACCUUAAUUGCUCCUUUCUCCUACUGUUUCUUUUAUUACCACUUUUCUUCUUUCCAUCUUUCACUCAGAUAAGACAGUCAGUUUUUGAGGGCUGUCAGAGUCAUCUAAGGCCUAAUACCAAGUGACAUAGAGAUACCCUCAACCCAAAACAGGGACUUCUGUGCUCUUGGUAGACUGGGCUUCAAAUGCACAUGCAACUUAUAGGGAAAACUGCUUAAUGGGAAACAUAUUUACAAGACAAAGGUUCAAGAUAAUAACAAGCAGUCAUAGAACACUUGCUGUUUCUCAGGUGUGUUCUGGGUCAUUUGUGUUUUAGCUCAUUUAGUUCUCAUAAUUCUGUAAGAGAGCUACAUUCACAGAUAAUAAAUCCAGGGUAUAGUAAUUUGCCCAAAGUCGUAUCAAUAGUAGGAGGUAGGGCCAAGAUUUGAACCCAGGCAGCCUGGGUCGAGGUUCUCUAUAGAAAUUCAAAUAAAGGGCACCUGAAACUAACCCGUUUUCUUAAAUAAGGUAGACACAGGAAGAACCAUUUCAGGAAAAUUGACCCUUGAGAAAAGAAGCUCCAUUGCCCUUCCUAAAACUCCACUCCCCUUAGCUAUAAGCCUCUAUGGAGACAGACAGAGAUGUCUGGGACCAGAGGGUUCAAUUAGUUUUAACACUUGCCAAAUAUUAUACGUUAACUCACACUUAAAAGUUUUCUCUUAAAAUGAAUGUGGUCCCAAACAACCCAAAGACAACACAGCUUACCUUCACAUUAUAUAGUUUGCCAGGGUUUUUUCAAUAAAUACCUUUCUACAAAAGGAAUUACAGUGCACAGAUUACACACAUGACUUAACUGCUAAAUAGUGGCUCUUGAUUGGCUAUACUAUAGUCAUUCCUUGUUAUUAAACAUUUAGGUAUUUGCUUUUCAUUUGACAAAGAAUGCAGUGUUGAGAACAAAUGAUGUCAGUGCAGCUCUAUGUAAUUUCUCAUUAGUUCCUCAGGAUAGAUUCUUACAAGUGGAAUUCUGAUGUCAGCA